AUGAUGGUAACGAGUAAACUGAACGAAGCCCUAUGCUGGUUAAGAGAAGAAUUUCAAGACUUAAUAACAGACAUGGAAUUUGAAAAGAAUGAAUUUAAUUUGAAUGAAAUAUAUAAAAUGAUAAAUAAUAAGAUAAAGAAUAGUUUAAAUAAUAUAAACAAUAUGAAUAGUAUAUGUGAUGAUAAAUUUUUAGAGGAUAAAGAAAAAAAAGAAUAUAUAGAUAAUAAAGAUAUAAUAAGUUGGAAUAAUUUAAAUUAUUCUGUUUUUCAUUAUGUAAAUAUAUAUAAUAAAAUUUAUGAAAUUUUAUUUAUUGAAGAAGAUGAUUUUUAUUAUAAUUAUGAUGAACAUAAUGUAUAUGUCAAAAAAAAGUUUUCUUCAAAUUUGCUUUUCCAUCCUUUAAUAUAUACAAUUGAUUGUGCAUAUUUUAAUUUCCUUUUUUCUUUUAUAUUAGAAAAGAAAAGUGCUAAUUCUUCAUUUGGUUUUUUGUCAAAAGAAUUAAAAAUAAACCAAGAUAUUAAUUGUGAUGAUAAUAAAAAAUGUGAUGAUAAUAAAAAAUGUGAUGAUAACAAAAUAUGUGAUGAUAACAAAAUAUGUGAUGAUAAUAUAAUUAAUAAUUAUCCUUCUGGAAAUUAUAAUUUUGAGGAAAGAGACGACCAUCCUCAUAAUUUGCGCACACACAAAAUUUUACCUGAACAAGCAAUAAUAAUAAAAAAAAAAAAAAAAAAAAAAAAAAAGCUCAGAAAAAAGAUAAAAAAAAAAAUAACUUAUAUUUAUGAUAACGAUUAUAAUUUUAAACAAAACUUUAUUAUCACUAAAGAGGAAUAUUCAAACAUUUGUGAAGAGUUUUCAAAAGUUUAUGAUAUUAAAAGGUAUAUAGAUGAUCAGUGUGAUGAGUUAUACAACUUUGGUAGGAAAGAGAGGUGUGCAGGUAAAGUGGAUAAUAUAAAUGGGACAAACAAAACAAACAAAACAAAUAAAUUAAAUGUAACAAGUGCUUCAAAUGGGCCAAAUAAACUGAACAACUUUACCGAAUCAUAUGAUAACAAUUAUAUGUUACAUUUUGAUGGUAAAAAACAAACGGGUGAUAUAGAACAAAAUAAAUACGAUAUGAAAAGAUUAUAUGAAUUUAGUUUACAGAAUAAAAUAUAUAUGAUUGAUAAUAACUUGAAUGAAAAAAUAAAAACAUAUAAUGGAGAUAUUACGAAUAUAAAAAGUCAUGCUAUUGUUUUGUUUGCUAAUAAUAAUUAUAGAUAUUCGAAAGAUAUCUGUAACAAUUUAUUUUCUUCAAGUUUAAUGAAAUUAGAAGAAGAAGAAAAGUUUGAAAUUAAAAAUAAAAAAAGUGGAGAAGUAUAUAUAACAAAUAGUUAUGAUAAUAUACAUAAAUAUAUAUUACAUAUAAUGUUACCUAAAUAUAAUAGUAAAUUUAUUUUAGCUACACAUAAUACAAUGAAUUUAUGUAUAUAUGAAAUUUUAUAUUUAUGUUUUGAAAAAAAAAUACAAACUUUAACUAUUCCAAUAAUAAAUUUUCAUAUGUUCUUCCCUAUAAAUAUAUUCUUACUAACAUUAUUAAAAAAUAUACGUUCUUUAAUUAUGAUACCUCAAUUUUAUAACACAAUCAAAAGUAUAAUAUUUGUAACCAAAUCGAAUCAUAUAUAUUUCCUUUUAUUGAAAUAUAUGUCUAUUUUCUUCCCCAGAAAUAAUCAAGAGAACUAUCUAUCGACUAACAUAUCGAUAAUAGGAAAUAAAUAUGGGGCCAUUGAUGUUAAGAAUAGGAGCAUCCGCAUUUUUAAGAGUUUAAGGCGAAUAAGACGAAAAAAAAAAUGCAAUCAAAAGGGAGACAUAAAAAAAAAUAUGCCUAAUAUGAAAAGUAUGGGUAAUAUGAAAAGUAUUGAUAAUAUAAAAAGUAUUGAUAAUAUAAAAAGUAUUGAUAAUAUAAAAAGUAUUGAUAAUAUAAAAAGUAUUGAUAAUAUAAAAAGUAUUGAUAAUAUGAAUAAUAUUAAUAACUUUGAUAAUAUUAAUAACAAUAAUCCUGCACAAGAAAAACUUCUUUUAUCAGAUAACAAACAAUUUUAUAGUAAUGAUAAUAAAUUUAUUAUAUGUGAAAAAGAAAAAAAGAAAAGUUUUGAAAACUAUUCAUAUAAUGAUAAUUUGUCAUCAAGUUAUACGUCGAAUAAUUCGAAAUCUUAUGAAACAUCAGACGAAUCGUCAGCUAGUAUUUCACUUUCAUCAUCCCAUAUAUCUUCUUUAUCUUCUUUAUCAUCUUCUUUAUCUUCUUUAUCUUCUUUAUCUUCUUCAUCUUAUUCAUCUUCUUCUUCUUCUUCUUCUUGUUCUACUAUUUUUAAAUAUGGAGAUACCGAUUUUAUCAAUUUAAAAGAUGAAAAAGAAAGUCACAAAAACUUUUUCCAUCUAAACCAAAUAGAAAGAAAAGAAGAUUUAAAUUUAGAAAACUGUAUACGCUUAGCUUAUAUGUAUGAUAAAAAAAAGAAAUUUGAGGAACUCAAAAAAUAUUAUUUUAUUUAUGAAUAUGGAUUAGAUCAACAAGGUAGACAUACCAUUGUGAUAAAUUUUGUUCACUUCCCGUUAGUAUAUGAUUACCAUUUAUUAUUUUUUUAUUUAAUAUUUUAUUUUAAUAAUAUUAUGAGAAACCAUUUUGUGCUUUUAUUCAUUUUUUCUGAGAACAUAUCUACAAACAUUACAAGUAUCUUAUCACUUUUUAAGGAUAUUUUUCAGCUCAUACAAGAAUUUCUAAAAAACUUGAAAAUCAUUUACUUUUUUAAUUAUUCUUUGAUCUUUAAGUUUUUUAUAUAUGUCUUAUAUCCUUUCAUUCCUGCGGCCAUAUACGAGAACAUCAUAUAUUUGAACGACACUGAAUUAUCCAAACAUUUUGACGUGAAAAAGGUCUUGGAAAGACGCUAA